AUGAUGAAAAUCACGAAGGAGAGGAAAAAGUACCGAAUCAGCAACCCCUACGAUGAGGCGCAGAAGGUGGCCCUUAAGGCCAAAGCGGAGGAGCUGAGGGAGCUCGAAAAAAAGGAACCCAACGGACAGCAACGCAGCGGCGAAGAGAGGGACCUCGAACAGAAGAACGCGGCGGAAAGGUUCAUGCAGAUUUAUAAGGAGUAUAUUGAGACAAGUGAAGAUGUAGAGAAGUUUAAAAAGGAAAAUGAACACCUGCAGGAAUCGAAGAGGAAAACGGGCAGCAGGAAGAAAAUAAAAAAAUUAAAUUUGAAGCUGAAGAAAAAUAACCUCAUAGCAAAGUUGGUGAAGAAUAAAGCCAUCAUUAAGGCAGGCAGGACGUUCUUGCCUCCAUCGAAGAAGUGGGGUGAAAAGAUAAAAUUGGCAACCCAGGGGGGGAAGAAUAAAUCCGAGGAGGUAACUAACAGGCCUGUUAUCCCCCCAGUUCUCGCAAAAGUACUCCGUGGGAGCAAUUCGAAGGGGAAAAACGGGGUGGAGAAGGUAAGCAACAAGGGCAGUGCCCCAAAUGGGACCCCUCGCAACUGCCUAGGUAGCACGCCCAGCGGUCCUCAUGUGGUGAAGAAAAAAGAAGACGUGCUGAACCAGUACGACGAUAUAAUCAAGGCCAGUGGCUUUAUCGAAAACCCGCUUGAAUAUGCCAGGCGGGUUAUUGAGCAGCGGCAGAAGCAGGCCGGAAAAAUCGCUCCAAAUCAAAAGGCGGCAAAGAAAAGUGCUAAGGGGAGGCCUCCUUUUUGA